AUGAAACCAACCAAAAUAACAAAGUUUUUUUUUAAAUCAUCAGUGUCUGAUUCAGUUCAUCAACCAAAAGAAAAUGAUCAUAAUAAUAUUAAACAUGAUGUUCAGACAGAAAAUGUUGAUGUUGAUGGUUGUGAUAAUGUAAAAAAACAUGUUUCUGAAACUUAUGAAAGUAAUGAUAUUUCUUUGUUUUCAAAUUUGAACCGUUCUCUGACAGAUGCUGAAAAAAUAUUGUUGACUAAAAAGCUUGGGCAGCUUGUUAUUAAACCAUUUGUCAACUUUAAACAUGCACAAGAAGUAUUUCGUACUCAUGCCAUAUGUGAAUAUCAUCUAAAAUCAGUAAUAGACGCUGAGAGUUUUUUGAAUAUAUUUGAGAAGAAGGAAAUUCCUUUAAUAAAACAAAUUGAUAGUGAACGUGCUAAGCAAGUACAAGAAAAUAGAAAGCGACUUAUUCCAAUAAUACAGUGCGUUAUUUUAUGUGGCCGUGAAAAAAUACCUUUAAGAGGACACCGUGAUUUUGGAUCAUUUAAUAUUAAAGAUGAACAAAGUAAUGAAGGUAACUUUCGAGCUAUCCUUAAAUAUCGAGCAAAAGGAGAUGAUUAUCUGAAAUCAGUACUUGAAGGUCCAGGUAAACGAAACAAAUACACCAGUCCUGGUAUACAAAAUCAGAUAAUUGAAGCUUGUUUGAGUGAUUGUGGAGCAAAUUCCGAGUUUAUGUAUGGACAAGGCUAUGACGGAGCUAGCAAUAUGGCUGGGCAAUUUAAAGGUGUUCAAAAAAUUAUAAGAGAUAAAUACCCUAACGCUCUAUACGUACACUGUUCAGCGCAUUCCCUGAACUUAGCAGAUUCAUCUUCUAUCAAUUUAAAACUAAUUAGAAACUACUGUGCAACAAGGUGGAUUCAGCGUUAUGAAGCACUAAAUGAUUUCUGUGAACUAAUAUUCUAUGUUUAUAAAGCUCUAAACUUCAUAUCUAUUGAAUGGAAAGAUUCAUCUUCCACUGAUGCCAAUAUGUUUUUGAAAUGUAUUCAAGAUUCAGAGUUCUUGGUUUCCCUUUAUGUUACAAAGGUAUUGUUUUCAUAUGGCUUGCCAGUAUGCAAACAACUUCAAAAAGAGAGAAUAGAUUUGAAGAAAACGGUUGAUAUUGUGGAAAACUUAAUACAAUCAUUAAUGAAUGUAAGAGAAGAUGCUGAAAAUGAGUUUAAGAGAAUAAUUGAUGAAGCUCAGACAAUGGCUGAAUUAAUUGGAACAUCAAUCUCUAGAAAAAGGAUUACAUCAAAGCAAAUAAAUCGAGCAAAUCCUCAAAAUUUAAAGUCUACUGAGGAAUAUUAUCGAGUAACUGUGUUUUUGCCAUACAUUGAUAAUUUCAUUUCUCAACUGACCGAUAGAUUUGUGAAUCAUAAAAACGUUUUAAGAGGAUUUGAGUGCCUAUUUCAUUCAGAAUUUUCUGAUGAAGACAGAAAUGAAUUUCAGCACCUAAUUAAAUUAUAUUCUCCUGCAAUUGAUAGACACAAUGUUCUUGCAGAAUUAAAGAUGUGGAAAUUAAAACUAGCCUCCAGUAAUAAUAAAAUUACUAAAAUUGGGAUAGAAGCGUUUCUUAACUGUGAUAAAGAAAUUUAUCCAAAUAUCAAACUUCUGUUAAAAAUAUUUGUUACAUUUCCUGUAUCGACUGCAACUCCUGAAAGGAGUUUUUCUAGUUUAAAGAGACUUAAAACUCAUCUACGGAAUACAAUGAAUGAGGUAAGAACGUUAGACAUUUAG